UUUACUGCUGUGUAGUUAAAUUUACUGAGCUUUUAUUACCCUUAGAUUUGGAGGCGUGGUUUGACAAGUGCCCUCCAUAGACACCUCUCAAGUGAUUAAUGUUUCACCAUCAGCUUUCAUCCCCACUUCCGGGAACAAGAGCCAGGGUUAGGUCAGAGGAGGUCAUCUCCUCACUCUAUUUGUCAAACAGCCCUUUGGGAAUCUGGCCCAUUCUGCCCUGUCUUAGGUGUCUCUUCCCAUUGUUCCUAAGAGGACAGGCCUCACCAGGAGGAAGAAGCAUGAGAGGCCUGUGAAGGAGACCAAUCUUCUGAAUGAGGAAAUGCACUGCCAUUUAGGUCUUACUUAGGGACCACGUGAUCCCAAGGACGAAGCACCUUGCUGGCCUCCUCCCGUGGUCCCUUUGACACCUACUGGGUUGGAAGUGAGGUGUAUAGGGCACAGGUCUGGCCCAUCUUGUAUCCCCUGCCCCACUUCCUCCUCUUCACACCUCCCCCCAGCUGGAUGCAGAGUCUCGGUGGGGACUGUGCUGGACCUAGUUCUGCCUCAUCCCUGGAGAAGAGGACCCUGAGCCAGAUCGACCAACCUGCUCUUAUUUUUCCUCACUGCACCCCCAGGGGCCUGAGAGAGAUGCAGAUAAGAGUAGCGGCUGAGUUGGCCUGUGCUCUUCCUUAGCUCACGAGGAUGGAGAGAUGUUACCAGAGGGGUGGACAUCCCAGUCCCUCAGUCACCUAUGUCUUACCCCUGCCCCUCUUUACUCAGCUUGGACAUUUGGAGCUUGGAGGGCAGGUUUAGACCCAGCAAGUGAGGUCGGCUGGCGGUGACGGGGAUGCACUGUGUGUUACCGAAGAGGAACUGGCUGGUGAAGACGAGGACAUGCCAUCCUUCCCAGGCACUCAGGAGGGGCUGUCAGGCCCCCGCUGCAGCCGCUGCCAGAAGAACCUGUCUUUGCACACAUCUGUGAGGAUUCUGUACCUCUUCCUGGCUCUACUUCUGGUGGCUGUGGCUGUGCUGGCCUCUCUGGUUUUUAGGAAGGUAGACUCUCUCUCAGAAGAUAUCUCCCUGGCCCACUCCAUUUAUAACAAGAAGCUUGUGUUGAUGCAGGAAAAUCUUCAAGGACUGGACCUGAAAGCCCUGAACAACUGCUCUUUCUGCCACGAGGCUGGACAGCUGGGGCAAGAGAUCAGGAAGCUGCAGGAGGAGCUGGAGGGGCUGCAGAAGUUGCUUCUGGCCCAGGAGGUCCAGCUGGACCAGACUUCUCAGGCCCAUGAGCUGCUCUCCACCACCAGCAGUCAAAUCUCCCAGGAGAUGGGCACUUGUGCCUUCUCCAUCCACCAAGUCAACCAGUCCCUGGGGCUCUUCCUGACACAGGUGAGGGGCUGGCAAGCCACCACAGCCAGCCUGGACCUCUCCCUGAAGGACCUCACCCAGGAGUGUUACGAUGUCAAGGCUGCCACGCACCAGAUGAAUUUCACCGUGGGGCAGACUGCUGAGUGGAUCCAUGGGAUCCAGCGCAAGACGGACGAGGAGACCCUCACCCUCCAGAAGAUGGUCACUGACUGGCAGAACUACACCCGGCUCUUCAGCAGCCUGCGCACCACCUCUGCUAAGACUGGAGAAAUGGUGAAGAACAUUCAGGCCACCCUGGGGGCCUCCUCGCAGCACAUCAGCCAGAACUCUGACAGCAUGCACGACCUGGUGCUGCAGGUCAUGGGCUUGCAACUGCAGCUGGAUAACAUCUCCUCCUUCCUGGAUGACCACGAGGAGAACAUGCACGAUCUCCAGUACCACACCCACUAUGCCCAGAACCGCACAGUGGAGAGGUUCGAGUCGCUGGAAGGACGCAUGGCUUCUCACGAGAUCGAAAUCAGCACCAUCUUCACCAACAUCAAUGCCACCGACAACCACGUGCACAGCAUGCUCAAGUACCUGGAUGACGUGCGGCUCUCCUGCACUCUGGGCUUCCACACACAUGCGGAGGAGCUCUACUACCUGAACAAGUCGGUCUCCCUCAUGCUGGGCACCACCGAUCUGCUCCAGGAGCGCUUCAGCCUGCUCAGCGCCAGGCUGGACUUCAGUGUCCACAACCUCUCCAUGAUCAUGGAGGAGAUGAAGGCUGUGGACAUAAAGCAUGGAGAAAUCCUUCGCAAUGUCACCAUCCUGCAAGGUGCCCCCGGGCCUCCAGGACCAAGAGGACUCAAAGGAGACUCAGGCAUAAAAGGACCUGUUGGCGGCAAAGGGCCUAAAGGAGACCCCGGCAGCUUGGGUCCGCCGGGACCCCAGGGUCCUCAGGGGCAGCCUGGGGAGCCCGGACCAGUGGGUGAAAGGGGACCAAUUGGCCCACGAGGCUUCCCAGGCCUCAAAGGCUCAAAGGGCAGCUUUGGCACUGGAGGGCUGAGAGGACAGCCAGGCCCCAAAGGAGAUGUGGGACCCCCAGGGCCAGAGGGUCCACCCGGGUCUCCAGGACCCUCAGGGCCUCAGGGAAAACCAGGGAUUGCUGGGAAGGCAGGGUCACCGGGCCAGCGGGGGGCCACAGGGCCCAAAGGUGAACCGGGGAUCCAGGGACCCCCUGGCCUGCCUGGGCCCCCGGGCCCACCAGGAAGCCAGAGCCCCUACUGAGAAGAGAUCCUGGCCCAGACACUGCCACACAGAAAGGGAAGGGAAGGGAGCUCAGAAAAGCUCAAAAGUUUCACCUACAGACAAUUGCAGUCCUUUGAUUACCAUAUGGGGCGUUCCCCAGAGCUGACCCUGAAGCUCUGGCAUCCCUGGUGGUGACUGUACUACGGGAAAGUGCGCACGCACACACACACACACACACACACACACACACACACACACGCACACACCUCCCUGCUGGCCAGGGGGACCACUGGGUUUCCCUGGCUGUGUAAGAGGAAGGAGAGAAGACCUCCCCGCUCCUGUGACUGAGCCAGCCAGGGAGGUGGCCACCUUGAGAAGAAGGUGUGCGAUUUGCCUCUGGACAGUGACCAGCUCUUUCCAGUCUCUUCGCACCCUUGCUGGCUAGCAGUUUCCCAGGGUUUCCCCUGGUUGAGAAGACCCAGGGAGGUCUGGGGGUGUAGCUCAGAGGUGAAGGACUUGCCUAGCCUAUGGGAGACCUUGAUUCUACCCCUAGCACCCUAAAAGACAAAAAGACCCAGGGAAACCUUUGCAGGGUAUUGUAGUUGAAAUUCCAGAGACAAGGUGGUUGUGGCAACAGCAAGCCCUCUGUGUCGUCAAGGGAACCAUGCCGCCCCAGCCUCACAUAGGACAGUGGGUCUCUACCCUAGGCUGGCAUUCUCAGAUUCUGCACACGGUACCCCUGACAAAAUCAGGGUUUUCUUUCAAAGCAUUCCCCACUUAAGUCUUGCCUCUGAAUCUCAGGAGCAUCCCAGUGGGAAUCCAAGCAGGAGUUGCAUCUGCAGAUGGAGAUGCAGCGGCCCUGGAACAUUCCACCUAAAUGCUGCCCAGCAACCAGGAAGGCCACAGAGAUGGACGCAGGAGGCACCAGGCAGGAGGCAGAGGUGGGCAUGAAAGCUGCCCCUGAAGCUGGCAUGCUUUGUUUUCAGCCAAGCUCCUCUUUGGUGACCAGGGAGGACCAGAGUCACAAGGGCCAUUUCUGAAAAAUGGGCCUCCUGCACUCUCUGUCCUAACCCAUAGCCAUGUGGACUUUGCCCCACUGUGACCCAAAAUGGCCGGGUCCUCUGCACAUGAGGAGCUGGGUAGGCAUGAGGAGAGACUGGAUAUCCUCAGGAGGCUCCUUUGGGAUCACUUCCUACCCCCCAUCAACUUCCUGUGCACACUGGUAGAAGGGGAUGCUGGGAAGUUACCAGGCAGGAAGUGGGUCUUCCUGAGCUGAACUCGCUGGAAAGCUGCCUCCCUUUAUGUUCAAGUAGAUUUAGACACUGCAGUGUAGAGCAUGGAGUGGCCUCUUCCCCAACACUGCCUCGGGGACAUACCCUCUUCCUGGCCAAGCCUUUGUGCCACCUUCCUAGUUGUCAUAGAUGUGCAACUGGUUUGCACUCCAUGCCCACCCUCUGCCAUGUAAUUCUCCUGUUUGUCUACGUAUGAUAAUGUCAUGCCACAUAAUAUUACUGACCCAGUAAAAAGCUGUUCCAGGAGGGAGGUAUCUUGUAGUGCUUUCUGUCCAAGCUGGCACGGUGAUGACUUGGGGCCUCUGCUUCAGGUCAGUCUUUGAAGGGAAACAAGUCAAAAGGGUCCCACUGUGGAUUCUGGACCUCAGCCCCUGGCCCCUCAUUCUAGAAAAACUAAGCUGUGCCUAGAGUUCUCAGUGAUUUGCAGAGGAGCCAGGGACAGCACCUCACAGGGAAUUACCCCAGAAGUCAGGGACCCAGCAGAAGCGGUGGGCUCUGUGACGCUUGCAGUGUGGCCUCAGUUCUUUGGCCAAACAAGAUUGAAAAAUAAGACAGGUGUGGAUCUUGCAGGGAUACCUCUUGCUUCCCCUUUGUCUGUAAGACACAGGAACAGAACAGGAAAGGAGGAGGCAACCAGGCCAGAACUGCCCCAAGAGGUCUGGGCUCCCAGGGUUUGUAGAGAUGGAGAAGGCCAUGUGAGUCUCCUGGGAUCUGCCCAGGAUCUGCUCUUUUAAGGCAUAGUAACCUCACUUGCUAGUAAGAUAUGGCCUACUGCAAGACUGGAGCAUUGGUUUGCUUUUUCUUUGCUUGUUUGGAGGUGGUGCUUAGUAGAAGAAGUCAACAGAGAGGUGGAAGCACAAGGUUGGGACACCUACGGGCCUUGCCACUUCCUUAAUGUCUGUGUGGCAUGAGGGCCUUCUCCCUGCGAGCCCCUGAGAUGUAUGGGCGCCGAGACAGGUUCUGUGGGGGUCACAGGGUGAGUGAGGCCAAAGGCCACUCUGGUCACCUCUUAGAGGAGAGAAGCCACCUGUCUGCCGAGGGCCAUGCAUGGAAGAGGCCAGGGCAAAGAGGAAGGCAUCCCUGGGCACAGAUCUGGCAGGCAAUGCCAUACAGGUCUGAGAAAGUGGCACUCAGGUGGCAGCACAAGAAUGACAGGCAGAGCAGGCUGGUGGAGGCACUCACAGUCUGACACCCACACAAGACUCUAGGGAGCUGAAACUACUGGCUGUUGGGUUGGGCAGAGAGCUGGGCUGGCAAAGCCUGAGCAUGGAGACCAUCCAGAAAAGCCAGAUCUGGGACAAUCCUAAGGGAGAAGUUUGGGUCCAGAAUGAGAGACAAGGCCACAAGGAUCAAAGACAAUGGAUUUGAGAACAGAAGAGCAAAGAUGUAAGAAAAGCUCACAGGGCCUGGAAAACUGCCACAAACUAGUCCCUGACCCUGUGGUUUAAGGGAUCCACUUGAUUUAAAGACACAGGACAAAGGCAGACACCAUUCAGCUCACUCAUGAAGUCACCAGGGGCCCCUUGAAGCUUCUUCUAGGAAAUAAGGGAGGGGGAUUCCUGGUAAGAGUAUAGAACUCAAGGCUGGCAAAUCUCAAGUUCUUCUGGACCCAUGGUUACCAGGUAGGAAGCUGUCAGCAUCAGAAAUGUCCUCCCUCCAGAGAACCGGUUGGUCUCUCCUCUCUCCACCUCCUGGUGCCUACUGAUCUCUCCUCUCUGCAUCUGUGUCCUUUCCCUUGGCCAGCACCUUCUGUUUGCGCAAGGCCCCACAGGCCAGGCUGCUACUCACCACAGGGGAUCCAGCUCUUCAGCUGCUAAUUUGCACUUCCUCAGUGAGAAAUCCCACUGUGCGUCUCCAGUCAGGGGUUCUCCCUCAUCCAGGGAGCUGCAGCCACACAGGGAAAGAAGGAGAAAGUAGUGGCACACAAUGAAAUGAGGGACACAGGGUGGCUAAGGGCAAGCUGAUGAUGAGGUCUGGUGGGCAUGGCAGAGGUAAGAUGAAAACAGCAACUGGAAGAGCAAACACCAACAGAGGAGCUGCCGCCCAGAAGGACACCAUUCUGAGCCCUUCUCAUUCAGAGCUUUCAGUCUUCGCUACUGUUACCCGCCCUCCACAGUUGGGGAGAUUGAGUGUGGGUGGGAUUCAAUGACCCCUCAGUGAGGUUUUAGACUUAGCUGUACUGCAGCUCAGCCUUUGGAAAGUUGCUUAUCCUCUCUGUGCUUCCUUUUCCUCCUGCAAAGUUAUUGAGUGGAUGCACUGCCCAGUAGCCCAGCUCUUGGGCAGCUCGGUUUCCAUCAGGAAACAUCACAGGCCACACGCUUGAACAGCAGGAUUGUAUUUUCUACAGUACCAGGAGCAGGGAAGUCCAAAAUCAAGGUGCCAGCUCUUCCUGGCUUGCAGAUGGCCAUCACCUCCCUCCAUCCUCACAUGGUGACAGGAAAAGACUCCCUCUCCUUGUUAGGCCACAGUCCCUUCAGAUCACGGCUCACUCUGUGACUUCACUUAACCUUAAUUGCCCAUGAAAGACCUGAUCCCCUAAAGACCCUAUCUCUAGACAGCAACCGGGUGUUGAGGCUUCCAGGACAGAGUUCAUUCAGUUCACAGCCCUGGGUGGUCAUCGACCCUGCAUGAACUCAGCCACCAUUCCAGUGGUGCUCAUGAUACAGACACCCAAGCUUCCUGGAUCUCAGUGGCCCUGCACUGUCAUCAGCACAGGGGCAGCCAGAACAUAAGCCCUACACACCCCCGUUCCCAAGUGACUCCCUGGGCUGUGGACCCCCCAGAAAUCAGGUGCACGCUCAGGCUCCACCCCUUUCUCUACCAGCUGGAGGGAUUCAUGCACACCUAGAGUGGGAAGCCAGGGUUCAAGGUCAGAACCGUAGAGCCCCAUGUCACCUGCCCAGAGCAUCUGGCUGUUUGCAGCUGCUGCUGAGACUUCAAAGAGCUGACCACAGGGCUUAGGGAGUGGGCAGCCAGAGCCAUGAGGCCGGAAACAGAUGCUCUGAGUCAGUACGUUCAUACAUCUAACAAGACGGAUGCUGCCUUGCUCAGAGUGGGGCACUGGGCUGGCUCCGUGAUGGGGUCCCUCUGUGGAUGUGGAGCCCCUAUAGGGCAUGCUUCCACUCUGCUGGGCCUUUUUUUCCUGCAGAACCACAGGCUCAGCAUCAGCUCUUACAGACCUGCAGUUUCUCCAUCAGAACACAGCGGGAGUUGGGAGGCUGAGACAAGAGAAUCACAGGUUUCAGACUAGCCUGGGCAACGUAGUGUGAUCCUGUCCCAAAUUAAAAAUGGCUGCUGAGUGUGGUGCCUCAUGCCUAUAAUCCAUCACUCCAGGAGGCUGAGGCAGGAGGAUUACAAGUUUGAGCCCCUCCUAGGCAAACUUACUCGACUUAGCCAGACCCUGCCUCAAAUAAAAAUAAUUAAAAAGUUUUGGGCUGGGAAUGUAACUCAGUGAGAGAGCAUUUAUCCAGCAUGCAUAAGACCCUGGGUGCAAUCCCCACUACAGCAAAAAAGAAAAAGAAGAGAACGGGGAGGGGACUCCACCAAGCCUGGCACUCUGCAUUCCUCUGUCCCGCCGUUCUAACCAAGCACCCUGCCUCCUGCUCUACGCGGUUGCUUUCCUGGAACUUCCCAGCACCACGGCGAUAAAGUCUGAACCCAAGUGGAGGAGACACAGGUGGAAUUUCAGCUACUGGAUUAGAGCACAGACUUGAUGAGUGAGGUUUUAAUUCACACCGGAUUUGUGGGGCUGUGACCUCCCUCCUGGGUCUCCUGAGAGAGUAAGAGAUGGCUUCCUAGGAGCUGCAGGCCUGGGCCCUGGACUCUGAGUAGCUCUAAAACCCCAGUCCUGCACACUCAUUUCAGCUUUACCGCCUCUGCCUCUGCCGCAGGGCAGGACAGGGCUGGGCAAUCCUUCUGCCCUUUCUCCAGCUCCUCUACCCAAGCCAGGACUGAGCUGGCAACUUCUGCUGCGCCAGGCCUGGAUGCACCUGUCAAAACAGAGCCAUGGGACAGGAGCGGGAAGCUGAAAAACAGGGUCUGACCACACUGAACUUUCCAGCAGGACUGGCCUGGGCUGGGCUGGCCAUUCCCGAAUGCCUCCCAGCCUUCCUGGGAACUGCUUGACCUAUAGAAACGCUGGGCUUCACUUUCUGUGCCUUCACCUGUCCUGCCUUUUGGUUUUCUGUGCGCUUGUUAUGGCACGAGGUGUUCAAAGGCAGUGCUUUCAGCAGGGACUGCCUGCUGGGGUGCAAUGACCCAGGAGCCCAUAAAAGUGGAGAUUGUGCACCUUCACCCUGGACCCACUGAUUCCAAAUUGCAGAGAUGGGGCAGGGUGAGAGGAAUCAUGUACACUUUAUCCAAGUUUCCCAGAAAUUCUGAUGCCCCUUAAAUGUAGGAGAUAAAGAAAGGAACAUACUGCUGUUCUGAUUUAUGUAUACUAUUUCAUUUAAACCUCAAAAGCAAAGUACACUUAUCAGUCAGAGAACCAAGGCUCAAAAAUGCUAGGAAUGGAAUACUGGGCUCACUAAUGCUAAGUAAUUCAUUCAAGGCCAUGUGUUGGGUGUGCAGGUUUUACAGAAGGUGGCUAUACUGAGCUACUUCUGACAGAAUGGUGAGCUUGGAAAUCAAUGUGGCCUGUGUUUGCAUCUGAAAAACCCACAGAAAGGGACUUGCUCAAGGUCCAAGAGGAAGCUGGUUACAGAGAUGUAAUGAGGUCCUGAGUAAGGGUUGCCAGUGCUCCUGGUUCCAACUGCCUUGUUGCUGAACACCGAGAUAAGAGCAGCACUGGACCUAAAACGUACCAAUAAACUCAAUUAAAGAGCAGCACUGAAACUGGACUGAUGUGUGUCUCUCCCUGCACAAGCCGAAGCCUUCUCCAAGGAAGCUAGGUGCCUGCCUCAGCCAGGCCAGCACCCUCCUUGUAGCCUUCUCCUCCAGCCCAAGGUCU